GCUAAUCUACUACAAUUACGCAGAAGAAGAAGAUUCCGGUGCAACAGCUAGGCAUCAUCAUGCCUACUGCUGUGAUUAUGGAGGAAAAUUUUGAUAAAUUAUUAGAGCAGUGUGAAGCUCAAGAACUCGAGGCUCCAGGGGGCAUUGCAACACCUCAAGUCUACGCUCAGUUGCUGGCGCUCUAUUUACUUCAUAAUGACAUGAAUAAUGCCAGGUAUUUAUGGAAGAGGAUUCCCCAAGCAAUAAAAUCGGCAAACCCUGAAUUAGCAGCUAUUUGGGCUGUUGGCCAGCGCAUUUGGCAGCGAGACUUUCCAGGCAUCUACACAUCCAUCGCAGCUUACCAGUGGACAGAGAAUAUCCUUCCAGUCAUGGAGGCCCUUCGAGCUGUAAGUAGAGACUUUUCCACAAUGGACGUCCAGAGGACAGGAACUAUGGUUCGACCCCCCAGCCCCAUGGACAGCCUUGAGAAGCAGCUGAGCUGCCCCAUCUGCCUGGACAUGUUCACCAAACCUGUGGUCAUCUUGCCCUGCCAGCACAACUUGUGCCGUAGCUGUGCUAGUGACCUCUAUGACUCCCGCAACCCAUACCGCUUUUCUGGCGGUGUCUUUCGUUGUCCUACUUGUCGGUUUGAGGUCGUGCUUGACCGCCACGGUGUGCAUGGGCUCCAACGCAACCUGUUGGUAGAAAAUAUUAUCGACAUCUACAAGCAGCAGCAAGAAGGCAGCGGCAGUGGGAGUCCAGAAACCACCCUGAAGCCUAAAGAAUCCAAAGAACCAAUGUGCCAGGAACACGAAGAUGAGAAAAUCAACAUUUACUGUGUGACCUGCCAAGUACCCACCUGCUCCAUGUGCAAAGUGUUUGGUCAACAUAAGGACUGUGAGGUGUCACCUUUAGGAAGUGUUUACCAGGCCCAGAAAGGUGAGCUGAGUAAUGCUAUCGAUACCCUGGUAGCCAGCAACGGGCGCCUGCAGGCUCUGCUCAACCAGAUGGAAGAUGCCUGUCGUGCUGUGCAGGAGAACGCUCAGUGUGCUAAGCAAGGGCUAGCCGAACGCUUUGACCUUUUGUAUGCCGUCCUUGAAGAGCGCAAGACCAUUCUACUAGAGCAGAUUGGUAAAGAGCAAGAUGAAAAGGUGGCAGCUCUGCGAGCACUAGCUCAGCGCUAUGGUGAACGACUGCAGGCCAGUUCAGAGCUCACAGAUUCGGCUGUGAGAGCACUGGAGCAGAGUGGCGCUGCAGAGUUUCUGUUGGCCUCCAAAUGCCUCAUCAUGCAGACCAAAGAUGCCGCUAAAGGUUCACUGGGGGAGGAGAGGCCAGAGCCAGGCUUCGAGAAGAUGGACCACUUCACUUUGUCAACAGAGCAUGUUGAAGCAGUCCUAGGAAAAAUGGACUUUGGGGUGCGUGAUGAUGAUGAAUUUGAAGAUGCAGAGGAGGAAGAAGAGGAGGAGGAGGAAGAAGAAGAAGAAGAGGAAGAGGAAUAAUAAACAUUAAAAGUGAAAGUGUUUAUGGACUUGAAAGAAAUACUGUAAUUUGAGCUUUUGAAGGAUUUUUUGACAAAAGUGUUUAAGGCAGGGACUGUAUUUGAUGUAGAAUGAAAGAUGAGGUGACAGUGGAAGUGGGCUAAAAUGGCUUGCCCCUAUUUUCAGUGCAAUAUUUAAUUUCAGUGUCGUAUUCGUACCUUUUCUUAAUUUUUUUUAUACUUUUGUACUUCUAAACCAUUUAUGGAAAAAUAGGGUAGAUACAUGUAAAUGUAGAAAGUCUGAAGAUGGCAUACACAUCACUUUCUUCAUAUGUAGCUUAUGAAAAAUAGUUGUUUUAGUAGUUUUUCUCAUUUUGUGUUGAAUAGUGAUCUACCUGUAAUUACCAAGUCUGUCUUUAACUGAACACGGAAUAAAACUGCAUGAAAGUUAA